AUGUACCGCGGGCAGGUUGUGUUCCUGAAAUCCUCCGGGCGCCUCGCUUCUCGGGCUGCCCGCGUGGAGCUGGAGACGACUGCGCGCCCAGUCGCCGCCGCGGCCGCGGAGGACUGGCUGCAGGGAGCCAUCUGCUCGGAGCAGUUGCUGCUGCCGUCGCUCCUUUGUUACAGCAGAUACCUUACGGAGGCUGACCAUGUGGAGGCUGCCAUCCUUGAAGAAGACGAGGGUCUGGACAUAGAGGAGCCCAGCGGCCUGGGGCUGUUGGUGGGUGGCCCCGACCCUGACCUGCUCACCUGUGGACAGUGUCAGAUGAAUUUCCCCCUGGGGGACAUCCUGGUUUUUAUAGAGCACAAGAAGAAGCAGUGUGGUGGCAGCCUGGGCACCUGCUAUGACAAAGGCCUGGACAAGGGCAGCCCGCCGCCCUCCUCACGCUCCGAGCUCAGGAAAGUGUCCGAGCCGGUGGAGAUCGGGAUACAAGUGACCCCCGAUGAAGACGACCACCUGCUCUCGCCCACGAAAGGCAUUUGCCCCAAGCAGGAGAACAUGGCAGGGCCGUGCAGGCCUGCCCAGCUGCCCGCGAUGGCCCCCAUAGCUGCCUCCUCCUCCCACCCUCACACAUCCGUGAUCACCUCACCUCUGCGCGCCCUGGGCGCUCUGCCGCCCUGCUUCCCCCUGCCGUGCUGCAGCGCGCGCCCGGUCUCGGGUGACGGGACUCAGGGUGAGGGGCACACGGAGGCUCCUUUUGGAUGUCAGUGUCAGUUGUCAGGUAAAGAUGAGCCUUCCAGCUACAUUUGCACAACAUGCAAGCAGCCCUUCACCAGCGCGUGGUUCCUGCUGCAGCACGCGCAGAACACGCACGGCUUCCGCAUCUACCUGGAGCCCGGGCCCGCCAGCAGCUCCCUCACGCCGCGGCUCACCAUCCCGCCGCCGCUGGGGCCCGAGGCCGUGGCCCAGUCGCCGCUCAUGAAUUUCCUGGGCGACAGCAACCCCUUCAACCUGCUGCGCAUGACGGGCCCCAUCCUGCGGGACCACCCGGGCUUCGGCGAGGGCCGCCUGCCCGGCACGCCGCCGCUCUUCAGUCCGCCGCCGCGCCACCACCUGGACCCGCACCGCCUCAGUGCCGAGGAGAUGGGGCUCGUCGCCCAGCACCCCAGUGCCUUUGACCGAGUCAUGCGCCUGAACCCCAUGGCCAUCGACUCGCCCGCCAUGGACUUCUCGCGGCGGCUCCGCGAGUUGGCGGGCAACAGCUCCACGCCGCCGCCCGUGUCGCCGGGCCGCGGCAACCCUAUGCACCGGCUCCUGAACCCCUUCCAGCCCAGCCCCAAGUCCCCGUUCCUGAGCACGCCGCCGCUGCCGCCCAUGCCCCCCGGCGGCACGCCGCCGCCGCAGCCGCUCGCCAAGAGCAAGUCGUGCGAGUUCUGCGGCAAGACCUUCGAGGUCCAGAGCAAUCUCAUCGUGCACCGGCGCAGCCCCACGGGCGAGAAGCCCUACAAGUGCCCAUCUGUGCGACACGCGUGCUCGCAGGCGAGCAAGCUCCAGCGCCACAUGAACACGCCCUGCCUAAGUUCAGCUUCUCGACGGCCAGCUCCGAAAACAGUCUCUCGUCGCUUGUUUACCCGACACUCGUUCGAGAACCGACAGCUUAAGCUUCUUCACCCGACCGGGGACCUACUGGACGCGGACCUGUCGGGGGGGAACAGCACCGUCAAGUGGACGACAGCACGCCGCACCUGGGCCGGCCCCGGGCCCGGGCGGCCGAGCUCCAAGGAGGGCCGGCGCAGCGACACGUGCGAGUACUGCGGCAAGGUGUUCAAGAACUGCAGCAACCUGACGGUGCACCGGCGGAGCCACACCGGCGAGCGGCCUUACAAGUGCGAGCUGUGCAACUACGCGUGCGCGCAGAGCAGCAAGCUCACGCGCCACAUGAAGACGCACGGGCAGAUCGGCAAGGAGGUGUACCGCUGCGACAUCUGCCAGAUGCCCUUCAGCGUCUACAGCACCCUGGAGAAACACAUGAAAAAGUGGCACGGCGAGCACUUGCUGACUAACGACGUCAAAAUCGAGCAGGCCGAGAGGAGCUAAGCGCGUGCGCGGGCCGGGCCCCCCGCACCUGUACAGUGGAACCGUUGCCAAGCGACAGAAUGCUGACCUGACACUUGCCUCCGUGUCACCGCCACCGAGCACCCCCGCGUGUCCCUGGGGCCCGAGGGGGAGGCGGCUCUCCAACCUAACCUGUGUCUGCGAAGUCCUAUGGAAACCCGAGUCAAAAUUGUGGAGCCUUUUAACUGUGCAAUAAUUUCUGUAUUUAUUGGGUUUUGUAAUUUUUUUUUUUGGCAUGUGCAGGUACUUUUUAUUAUUAUUCUUUCUGUUUAAAUUCCUUUGAAAGAGUUUGUUGGGUAUCCAUCCCUUCUUCUUCUUCUUCUUUUUUUUUUUUGAAAAACCCAGUAGAAGCCUGAGCAAUGACUCGCAAGCAAUGUAGAGGGGAAGCAUAGCUUUUAAAUUAUAAUUUGGGAGGGAGGGCGCUGCUUUUUUGAAAUUUAAGCUAAGCAUGUGUAAUUUCUUGUGAAGAAGCCAACACUUAAAUGACUUUUAAAGUUGUUUACUUUUUUUACUCCUUUUUUUUUUUGGUCCUGAAAUAAAAAGUGGCAUGCAUUUUUUUUGGGGGGGGUGGGGGUGGGGUGGGGUGGAUGUACAGCGGAUAACAAUCUUAAAGUUGUAGCACUUUGUUUCAGAGUUGGAGUGGAGCUGUAGCACUGAUGAUGUCCUGAGAAAACAGGGGCCUUUUCUGCGUUGAUUUCAGCCUUUCCAUGAAUAACAGGGGUGAACUUGGAGUGGUGGGGGAGAGGCCCCCAAAACUCUGCACACUGCCAGAGACACAGGAGUUUUUGAGGGCUGCCCAGGGAAUGGCCCCAGAGGAUUCUAAAAUUGUGCAUUACCAGCAGACACUACCUCCUCCUUGAAAUGGAGGUGUACCCUGGGAUGCCGUCUUAGCCAUUUGCCAUAGAACAGGCUAACGUGGGCUGAGGGUACCAUUUUGGGGGUUGAUGGUGGUGGCCUGCAGUGACACAGCAAGGAAGAAAUCAGCCAGGUUCUUCCGGGCUUCUUCUGGCUUGCCAGCUUCUCUCUCUCUCUUGUUAUCACCCCCACCACGAAAAUCCCAAGUUCUACGAGUUGCUGCCCAUGAUAGUGAUGAUCGGUCAUUUCUCAAGCAGACAAGUGCCCUGAUGGUGACUGGAGGGAAGUUAGCAUUCUCAUUUCAUGCACACGUGACAUUCUAAGGCCCGGGGUGGGGGAGGGUGGGACUGUGCGAAUUUCUGUUCCCUUUCCUGGGAAAGCAGGGGCAGUUCCAUCCCAAGGUGCCCAGCGCUGCUUCCCUUUUUAUCAUUCCCAUGCGGUUGGAAGGUACUAAACCCACGAGAUUAGAUGUUUGAGUUCUGUUGACCCGCACUUUAAAGCUUUUUGUUUGCAUUUAAAUUAAAUGGCUUCUAAACAAGAAAUUGCAGCAUAUUCUUCUCUUUGGCCCAGAGGUGGGUUAAAUAAGGGACGACUGAGAUUGAGUGUCGGUGUUGCUAAGCGUGGCAUUCACAAUACUGGCACUAUAAAGAAUGACAUAAAAUAAUAACUUAUUGGACAGUUUCUCUACUGCCAUUCGAUCUGAUGUGAGUGCCUUGAAAACUGAUCUUCCUAUUUCAGUCUCUUGAGACAAAUGCAAAACUUUUUUUUUUUUUUUUGGAAACGAAAAGACUUUUUAAAAAAAACGUAAAACGAGAAAAGUACGUUCUUUAGACACAAACAAAGCCACACUUAACUUUCAAUACGAUUUUUAAAAAAUCCCGGUGGAAGAUAGAGGACAUGAAAAUGCCAUCAGACCCGAUCGAGUGAAGAAAUAAACCCAGCACAACCUUGGACAUACAAUUGUUAGCUGAAGGUCCUCAGCCCCCUUUUGUUUGUGGGACAACGCUGCUUAGAUGUGGAAAGUGAUUUACUGCUGAAUUAAAACUCAAGUGACACAAGUGACAAGUUGAUAUCGUUGAAUGAAAAACAAAACAAAAAAAACAAUUCAGGAACAAUGGCUAAUUUUUUUCCUAAAGGUAAAUUUAGUGCACUCUGUCUUAAAAAUACGUUUACAGUAUUGGAUACAUACAAGGGUAACAAAAAUUGUGUGUAUGUGUGUUGGAGAGAUCAUUCCCCCCCCCCCAAAAAAAAGUUUUGCUUAAUAGGUUAUAAAAGAUGCCACAGUGGCCGUGUGUAUAUUGUUUCUUUUGGUGAUGGGGUUUUAGUAUAUAUUAUAUAUAUUAAAAUUUCUUGAUUACUGUAAAAGUGGACCAGUAUUUGUAAUAAUCGAGAAUGCCUGGGCAUUUUACAAAACGAGAAAAAAAAACACACCUUUUUUUCUUUUCCUUGAAAAUGUUGCAGUAAAAUUUAAAUGGUGGGUCUAUAAAAUUUGUUCUUGUCACAGUAACUGUAAAGUCGGAGUUUUAGUAAAUUUUUUUCUGCCUUGGGUGUUGAAUUUUUAUUUCAAAAAAAUGUAUAGAAACUUGUAUUUGGGGAUUAAAAGGGGAUUGCUACACCAUGUAGAAAAAGUAUGUAGAAAAAAAGUGCUUAAUAUUGUUAUUGCUUUGCAGAAAAAAAAAAUCAUUCCUGACCUGUACUUAUUUUUCUCUUCCCACCUCCCUCUGGAAUGGAUAUAUUGGUCGGUUCAUAUGAUGUAGGCACUUGCUGUAUUUUUACUGGAGCUUGUAAUUUUUUAACUGUAAGCUUGUCCUUUUAAAGGGAUUUAAUGUACCUUUUUGUUAGUGAAUUUGGAAAUAAAAAGAAAAAAAACAAAAACAGGCUGCCAUAAUAUAUUUUUUUAAUUUGGCAGGAUAAAAUAUUGCAAAAAAAAAUUUGUAUGUUCAGUCCUAUUGUACAGGAGAAAAAGGGUUGUCUGACAACCUUGGAGGGAAAGAAGCAAAAGGAAGUCGCGAAAUGCUUUGGUUCACAAUCAUUUGAGUUGUGUGUGUUUUUGACGCAAUCGGCCCGUACAGAGAAGUGUUGGAGCCAGGCUUCCCUUGCACCCAGGCCCCCUGGCGCGGCCCCAGCAGACCCGAUGGGAAAUCCAUUAUUCCUGUUGCGUGGAGAAGUCAGCUUCUGUAAACAUUUCCCAGCGUCCUCCCUUUCUCUAAGAGGCCAUCUGUAAGGGGUCAGUGUAGAGAGAGCGAGUGAGCAUCUUCCAUCCCCAUGGUCCCUGCCCUGGCAGUCACCACCACCACUUCUCCCGCCCGCCCGCCCGGCAGAGCAGAAAGAAAUGCGAACUGUCCUUUCCUUAGUCCUUGACCAAACCUUAAACAGGAAGCGUCUGCAAAGGAGCUGGCCCAGCAGCGGCGCACAGGUGACCGACCUGCUGUUGAGACCAGCGAGCCCAGCGGGCUUUCAGGAGGGAGCCCCCUGGCAGCCAGGGCCUUUCACUCCACGGAGGGGCUUGGCCUGUCGCCCUUUCCUGCUCUGCUGCUUUUCUGUCCGAAAGCUGCAUCCCGUCCGUGUCCGAAUGCCUAGGGUCUGGGAUGGGCUCGGUGCCUUUCCAUCUCUCCCUCCCCAUGUGUCUUCUCCAUCCUCCACUGUUGGUCCUUUAUUUGUUUUCAUUUCCGUUUAAUUUAUUUUCUUUCUCCCUCUCUUCUCUUCUCUUCUCUUCUCUUCUCUUCUCUUCUCUUCUCUUCUCUUCUCUUCUCUUCUCUUCUCUUCUCUUCUCUUGUCUCUCUCUGUAAAGCCAAGUAGCUUUAAGAUGAUAAAGUGGUAGUUUUUUGGAUGAGGGAAUAAUACAUUAAAAAAUACCUAUAUCAGGAAGCCAUUUUUUUAUUUCAGGAACUGUAAGAAACCAUUAUUUCAGGUUAUGAAAGUAUAACCAAGCAUCCUUUGGGGCAACUCUUUACCAAAUGCAGAGAUGGGAGCUUCUCUGCUGAAAUUCUCUCUCCUCCUUGCUACUUACCUUUGCAACGGGGAGGAGAGGGGAAGGGAGUGGGGGGGAAAGCUGAGGUGUCAGUUUCCUACCUGCUUGACCCUGAGCCCCUUGGGCUGCCCUGGGAGCCUCCCAGGUGACCCUCCUGUAGUGAGAAACGUAGCCAGCUCUUCCCAGCUCACACCCAGUCACCAGAAGCCAGGACUAAGCCAUCCUAAAGCACAAAGAUUGUGUCUCUGUCCACCGACGGCAGAAAAAAAGAGCAUUUUGCUUCUUUCACGUUUCGAAAGCCAACACUGCAGCAGAUGACCAGGUGGGAGAGGCCCGGCCUGGGCGACCCAGCCGACCAGCCGCAGGCUGGUUUCCACACUGCCAGGACUUGGUUCCAAGUUGCCCCAAAUAGGAACCCGCCACUUGCCAUUAGAGGGUCUGUCGUGGGAGAGGGGGAGGCUGAACCGGAGGAGAGUGCGAGGAGGAAAGGAAGUCGGCCUUUCUUCCCAGCUCAGGGCGGCCAGGCGACGUUGUGUGGGGCCCAGGCGACCUCGUGAUUUUGGUGCUCUUUGUACCCCCUUCCCCCUCCCCUGCAAAGCCAAGUUCCAUUGAUUUCAGUUUGCAUUUGUAUUGGAGAGGCGAACUAUACAAUUUUUAUUACCUUUUCUAUCACCUAUUGUAUGAGCUUUUGUUGUUUACUUGGAGGUUCUGUCUUUUGCUACAAGUUUGAACUAUUUAUUGCUUGGUAUUGGUGCCCUGUUUAAGAAACGGGCACUUUUUUUUUUUAAUUAUGGAGAAAAUGUUGAGAUGACAGGAGGUCAUUUCAAUAUGGCUUAGUAAACUAUUUAUUGUUCCUUUUAUUCUCUGUACAAGAUUUUGGGCCUCUUUUCCCCCCUCAAUGUCACGAUGUUGAGUUCAGCAUGUGUCUGCCAUUUCAUUUGUACGCUUGUUCAAAAACCAAGUUUGUUCUGGUUUCAAGUUAUAAAAAUAAAUUGGACAUUUAACUUGA